UUAUGCAAACUUGCCCUGUCAGUGUAAUGUUAUUACAUUAUGGAUUUGGUUAUUAUAUUUGAUGCAUUAAAGUGGCUGAGGUGGAGCUAAUUUUACCUGUUGUAUGUACUGUUGGACAGUUUAAUGUACCGCAGUGCAUCCUAUUUUAUAAACUUCUAAACUUAUAUGUCAAAUAAAUACCCCUCAAAUGUAGUGGAGUAGAAGUAUCAGAAAACUGAUAUACUCAGGAACAAAUGAAUGAACCAGUGAAUGAAUGCCAAACGGGACAGUGCAGCCAGUUAUUAAAAACUACAAUCUAAAUCUUAACACUAAGACACUGCCAGUCAGUGAAUUUCAGAACUAUUUGGUGAUGUUUGAGUGACUGAUUAAGUGGUUUAUCUUGACUUAAUUUAAAAUUUACUGUCAUUCAUAAUAUUCACGAAUCAGUAAUUAAACACUUAACGUCUGGUUUUCACCUUUUUAUUUUCCCUUAAGCAGCUGAGGUUUAAAAAAAAAUUAAACCCAAAACUUGAUGUGGAAAUUUAGGUGCAUUAUGCAUCAUUUAUACGCAAUUCUCCAAAAUUAAAACUGACAUAUUUGAUGCAGUUGGUAACUUUGGGAUUUCCUCUUGAACUUAAAAUAUUUUUGGUUUCAAACAAUGUGUGGUUGCAUGUAAUAAGUUUGUAAUAAAUGAACCACCAGCAAGUUGCUGCUUAUAGAUAUUCAAAAUUCUUCCACUGUGCUCUGCUAUAGUACAUUCUAGCAGAUGAUUUUAUAAGCGAGUAGCUGGAAACUGAACAUGAAAGUCGACAGUGUUCUUGAAAUGUGCAGAGAGAGAGCGAGGGAGGGAGAGGAGGAUUUGAUGGGCGUGUAGUAGGACACACACACAUGUUGACACAUGUACACAGAGGAGGAUUGUGCAGCCAUGCCCCUCUGCGAAGCAGGGCUGCUGCAUAAGAGGGUUAGUGUGUAGCACACACCACACCUCUUGGUCUGUCAAUACGUCUUUGACGUUCGUGGAUUGUUUUACAUCCUCUAUUUACCAAAGUGUGAUACUUACCAUAGAAGAAAUUAUGCAACCAUUUUAUGACGUGGCUCAGUGGACUUUGUCUCUAAUCUUGCUAGUAAUAAGAAAUACACAUUCUCUCCCAUAUUAUUCAACAAAUAACAACUUUGUGCGCUUGAAAUAAGAGAAUAAUGAUUUACAGUAACAGUAUGAAGGAAAUGCAAACUAUAAUAUGGUCAGUCAGAUCUCGGUAAACAAUCAUCUAAAACAGGUAGUGAUGCAGUGGCAGUGGUGUUAGCAGCGGCUAGUUAAUAACCAUCCAAUGCAAACAGUCCACCCGGACAAUUCCCACCCUGCAGUUUUACCUUGUAAAAACCAGAGAAGGUUCUUUAGUUCCUCCUCUCACCAUUUGAAGGGCGUUAUAGCACUGUCAGCUAUUCUACAAGAGACAUUGCUUCAGAAAUGUAGUACGGUCUGCCUCUUUGAAUAUUCUGCCUUUCGCUCAGAAGAAUUUUAAAAAUUUGGAUGAGGUGACGAGGAAAAGUGGAAGUGGCAGCAGUGACAGUUCAGAGAUUAGAUGCUUCAGUCAGAGAACACAGGUCACAGGAGCGAAGAAUGUGGGGUUUUCAGGUCUCCGGUUCACCUGAGUUAUGAGACAGGUAAUAAUUAUCUCAUUACUCUCAACCCAACCUUUCAUGCAGGAUAGGUUAUCACUAACAUUUAGAAAAUGUGCUUUCUUGUUGGUGUUUUGUUAUGGGCUGUUAUAAGACACAAACUGAUUUAGUGAAAAUGACAUCAGACUUCAAGGUUAGUUGGAUCAUUGUGAGCGGACGGCUCAUCCUUAAGUUGUUAAUUCAAAGUCGUUACAAACACUCCCCACUUUGCCUCUUCAUUCCACUGUAAAUCUACUGCUGGAGUACAGACAUCCACUGAGUAAUAAGCUACACUCAGUCAGUAUAAGAAAAUGUGCUCACCGCUCUACUCCCAUGUACCGCCUCCACCCAACCCAGGGCUCUUCCCUGCAAUAGCCACACAAUAUAGAACCUUCGAAUGGUCUGAAUAGAAGGUUUGAGGCUGCUGGCUGAACAUCUUAGAACACUGGAGCAGGAAUCCAAGGCACUUCUCCAGAUCUCCCCAUCUCCCAGCUCUGUCUGUAGCAUAUAAAGGAGGUAAUUGUUGCAGCAAACAGAGACAUUAAUAAGGACUCUGUGAGUUAACUAAGGCCGGCUGGUAAAGGCAGGGCUGUAGAUUGAGCCGGGCAGGUUGGAGUGAGUGUCCAGGUAUGGCGGACAAGACUGGUAAGUGACCGAUGGGACCAAUGACGAUAGGAAUGGCGCUGGGUGUAGGUGUAUUUGAGGCGCUCAAACUUUAGAGAGCUGGCCGAAUGCUACCACUGAAGUGGACUGACAAUCUGGCAAAGAAUGGAGUACAGGACCAGUGUUUAAAUACUGUUGCCUUCAGGUGUAGUUGGAUGAGGUGGCACACAGCACAUGAGCAGGAGAUCUGGCGGAAAGCAGAAACUAGGUUGGCCACGCCCAGGCAGUGACACACACACACACACACAGGAGAAGAGUCAAACAGGGGACAAACAAGAAACACUAGACUCUUCAGGCUCCUGUGACCGACUAAUGUCUUCCUCCACAAUGGUCGUGUCCUUGCCACAGUCCUCGAGGCUGAAGUAUAUGUCUCUGGGAGUGCUGGUCUUGCAGACCACCUCGCUAGUGCUCACCAUGCGCUACUCCCGCACCUUGAAGGAAGAUGGACCCCGCUACCUGGCCUCCUCCGCCGUGGUGUCGGCUGAGGUCCUCAAGAUCCUUGCCUGCACUGUCCUUGUCUUCAUGGAGAAUAAUUUCAGUUUGCGGGCAAUGAACCAGCUGCUGAAGGAGGAGAUUAUGAACAAGCCCGUGGAGACCAUGAAGUUGGCCAUUCCUGCAGGGAUCUACACACUGCAGAACAAUCUGCUCUAUGUGGCCUUAUCCAACCUGGACGCGGCCACCUAUCAGGUCACAUACCAGCUGAAGAUCCUUACCACAGCGCUGUUCUCGGUCUCCAUGCUGGGAAGGAGAUUGGGCCUCUACCAGUGGCUUUCCCUGCUCUUACUCAUGGCUGGAGUCACUCUAGUGCAGUGGCCCACAGAUUCUCGAGGUGACUCUGAGAAGAAGCUUGCGUCUGCAGGCUCCCAGUUUGUGGGACUGAUGGCCGUGCUGAUGGCCUGUGUGUCCAGUGGCUUUGCAGGAGUUUACUUUGAAAAAAUCCUCAAGGAGACUAAACAGAGUGUGUGGGUCCGUAACAUACAGCUAGGUCUGUUCGGCUUUGUGUUUGGCUUCGUGGGAAUGAUGGUGUAUGAUGGCCAGAGGGUGAGACAGUCGGGAAUGUUUCAGGGCUACAGCACUAUUACCUGCACCGUUGUUGUCUUACAGGCUCUGGGUGGGCUGGUCGUAGCAGUCGUCAUUAAAUAUGCAGACAACAUCCUCAAAGGAUUUGCCACUUCUCUGUCCAUCAUCUUGUCCACUCUCAUUUCAUACUUCCUGUUGAAGGACUUUAAUCCCACUGGUAUAUUUUUCUUAGGGGCAGUGCUGGUUAUUGCUGCCACGUUUCUUUACAGCUACGAGCCAAAACCUGCCAGUGACAGCGUCAUCAAGACCGAGACCUCUGUGAACAGUGCUACCUGACAGACGAGGCCAACCAGCAUAGACAGAGCAGGACUCUGUGAACUGUCACUGCGAGUUUAGCAUGUGGAAAUUAAGAACAUGGGAAAAGUGGAGUUGAUCGAACCUGUUACUCCCAGUCAACUGACAACAGUUGAGAAUGAAUGUUCCCCAUCACUCCAGCAGAAAAAUACUGCUUUGCACAAAAGAUGGGGGCCAAUAAUGUGAAAUACAUUUACUGUGUAGAUGUUUUUUUCUAAAGCUUUUUCUCAUAAAACACUAACAGGAAUACUUUGGAGCUAACAUGUUAACACAUACUAUUGUAAAAAAAAAAAAAAAACCACUUUGUCUCUAAAUUAUCUAAUAAAAACGUACUGUAGGUGUAAUUUAAAAGGAGCAAGGUGAAAGCAUGGCCACAUUCAUGUUUGGUAAUUUGUAUUUUAUAGUUCAAUAUUUCAGUGGUGUAAGUUGUGUGUGUUACAGGAUAUGGAUAAUCGGAUGUAUUUACAAAAACAAAAUCGGAUGUUACUGAUGCUGAUAGCGCCUGCCUCAAAGAGAGGAAAAACCCUUGACAGAGCUUCCAUCUAGUGGUGGAAUGAAGAGCAAACUUGCUGCAAAGAGGAGGGGUUACCUCUGUUCAAAGAUGCUGAAUGUCCUUUUUUAUAUGAGAUGAGAUAAGAUGGGAUGUGACUGCUUUGACCUUGCUGCUCGCAGUCUGAGUAUUUAUAUCAAAAGCUCUCAUUCUACUGUUAUUUAAAUGCAAAAUAAAGGUUUUUAUGUAAGAACAAAUGAAUAAAUUAAGGCAUCUUUUAUGCUGAAACAACCA